UCUCUCUUUUCCCAGGGCAGUCCCGGUGCUGACGGACCCCCGGGCAGGGAUGGGGCAGCAGGAGUGAAGGGCGAUCGAGGCGAGACCGGCCCCGUGGGCGCUCCCGGUGCUCCCGGCGCUCCCGGCGCUCCCGGCCCCGUGGGACCCACGGGAAAACAGGGAGACAGAGGAGAGACGGUGUCAGGGUCCAUGGGUCCCUCCGGCCCCGCGGCGGCCCGGCGGAUGGCGGUGAGGGGUCCCCAGGGCAAGCGCCCGGGGGACAAAAGGCGAGGGCAGGGCGGAGGCGGGCGAGCGCGGCCGGAGGCGGGCCACCGGGGCGUCACCGGCCCCCAGGGCGUGCCCGGGCCCCCCGGCCCCUCUGGAGACCAGGGCGCCGCCGGCCCCGCGGGUCCCUCUGGGCCCAGGGGUCCCCCCGGCCCCGUGGGCCCCUCGGGCAAGGACGGCUCCAAUGGGAUGCCCGGGCCCAUCGGACCCCCGGGACCCCGCGGGAGGAGCGGCGAGCCCGGCCCGGCGGGUCCCCCCGGGAACCCCGGCCCACCCGGCCCCCCCGGGCCCCCCGGCACCGGUAUCGACAUGUCGGCGUUCGCGGGGCUGGGCCAGCCCGAGAAGGGCCCCGACCCCGGGCGCUACAUGCGGGCGGACGAGGCGGCGCCGGGGCUGCGGCCGCACGACGCCGAGGUGGACGCCACCCUCAAGGCCCUCAACAACCAGAUCGAGAGCAUCCGCAGCCCCGAGGGCUCCCGCAAGAACCCGGCCAGGACCUGCCGGGACAUCAAACUCUGCCACCCCGACUGGAAGAGCGGCGAUUACUGGAUCGACCCCAACCAGGGCUGCACCCUGGACGCCAUCAAGGUCUUCUGCAACCUGGCCACGGGGGCGACGUGCGUGUACCCCAGCCCCGGCAGCGUGCCCAGGAAGAACUGGUGGAGCAGCAAGGCCAAGGAGAAGAAACACGUCUGGUUCGGCGAGACCAUCAACGGCGGCUUCCACUUCAGCUACGGCUCUGAGGAGCUGGCGCCCAGCACGGCCAACAUCCAGCUGACCUUCCUGCGGCUGCUGUCGUCCGAGGGCUGGCAGAACGUCACCUACCACUGCAGGAACAGCGUGGCCUACCUGGAUGGCACCUCGGGCACGCUGGGCAAGGCGCUGCUGCUGCAGGGCUCCAACGAGGUGGAGAUCCGCGCCGAGGGCAACAGCAGGUUCACCUACAGCGUGCUGGAGGACGGCUGCACGAAACACACGGGGAGGUGGGGCCGGACCGUCCUGGAGUAUCGCUCGCAGAAAACCUCGCGCCUGCCCAUCGUGGACGUGGCGCCCUUGGACAUUGGGGGGCCCCAGCAGGAGUUUGGGAUCGACCUCGGCCCCGUCUGCUUCUUGUAAAAAACAACAAAAACAAAAAUAUUUGGAUUUUUUGGGGUUUUUUUGGGGUUUUUUUGGGUGUGGUUGUUUGGGUUUUUUUUUUUGUUUGUUCGGGUUUUUGGAAAGGAUUCGUUAAAAAUAAGAGAAACCUCGUGAGAAAUUGAUUAGAAAUAAAGAAAAUCCCGCAAAAUAUUCUUUAGAAAUACAGGAAAACCUCGCAGAAAUCCCUUAAAAAUGAAGAAAAACACCACAAAAAAUUCUUUAAAAAUGAGAAGGAAAUCCCAGAAAAAAAUUCCUUAAAAAUGAGAAGGAAAACCCAGAAAAAAUUCUUUAAAAAUAAGGAAAACCCAGAAAAAAUUCCUUAGAAAUAAAGAAAAACCCCCACAGAAAAUUCCUUAAAAAUAAAUAAAAACACCACAAAAAAUUCCUUAAAAAUAAGAAGGAAAACCCAGAAAAAAUUCCUUAAAAAUAAGAAAAAAAAACC